UUCUGUUUGAAAGAAAGAUAACUCAAUAAGGAAACUAAAGAAUGUGUUCCAUUAGCGCUAAUGAUUUAGACAAGCCUCAUGCAGUUUGCAUACCAUAUCCUGCCCAAACCCACAUUAGCCCUAUGUUAAAAUUAGCCAAAAUCCUCCACCACAAAGGCUUUCAUAUUACCUUUGUAAAAACUGAACACAACCAUAGGCAUCUUCUUAAGUCUAGAGGCCCCGAUACGCUAACGGGAUUGCCAUCCUUUCGUUUCGAGACCAUUCCCGAUGGCCUCCCGCCAUGUGACCCUGAUUCUACCCAAAAUAUUUCUUCUCUUAGUAAAUCCACUACCACCACUUGUUUGGGUGCUUUCAAGGAGUUGCUUGCCAAGCUUAACGAUACUUCCACCUCAAACAUGCCACCUGUCUCGUGCAUCGUUUUUGAUGGUGCUAUGAGCUUCACUAUGGAUGCUUCUCAUGAUUUGGGAAUCCCUGAAGUUCUCCUUUGGAAUCCAAGUGCUUGUGGUUUAUUAAGUUACAUGCAUUACCGUGAUCUUGUUGAGAAAGGAUACACUCCAUUUAAUGAUGAAAGUUGCUUGACAAAUGGGUACUUGGAAACGAUUUUGGAUUGGAUACCAGGCAUGGAAGGCAUAAGUUUGAGGGAUCUUCCACGUUUCAUUAGUGUUACACCUGAGUUUCAAUGAUGAAAAUAAUAUAAAUCUAACUGUAUCUAUUUAAUUGUAGGAAAUUAGAUGGGCAGUACUAAAUCAAAGAAAGUCAAUAUGUUAAAGAUAUCAGAAAGGAAACAAAAUCGAAUGCAGCAAGGACAAUGCUAAAUCAAAUGAUGUCAAAGCCAUAAAAAAGGAAACAAGAUCAAGUGCAAUGAUAGUCCCUACUUCAAGGAUUGAUUUGGAAUCAGGAGAUUCUGAAUAUUGAUCGAUCAAGUCAAGCCAUAAAUCACUCCCCUGAUUAUGAAUACGAAAAGGAAGGACGUAAGUGUCACGCCCCAAAAUCGUGGAGCGCGACCGGCACUCAACCGAGUGAACCCGACCGAGCAAGCCUGUUAGA